AUGGAGAAAGCCAAGGCCGCCGUUUCUGACUUUAUGUCCAAGGCCGGACACCACGAUACCACCGUCCACGAAAGGGUUCAGCCCGCCGUCACCCACCAGACGGUCAAGCCUUCGAAGCACGAAAAUGUGACUACAGCCGUCGACAAGGAGAUCCAUCAGGAUCACUACCACACAGCAGUCCAACCCAUCCAGGAGCGCGAAGUGCUUCCGGAGAAACAUCACCACAACCUCGCUGGCGUCGAGCACCGCAAGUUCGAGCAUGGCGAUGAGAGCGAGGUGCAGCAGCGGCUGAAGAAAGAAGCCGCCCAGUUCAAGGAUGAGUCUAUCCGCCAGGAGGAACAUCACACUCGCUCUACGGCGCCGCAGGUUGCGGGCGAGCACGUCCACCAUCAUGUGCAUGAGACGAUCCAGCCCGUCGUACAGAAGGAAACCAUUGAGCCACAUGUGAUGCAUACUACGGUCCCAAUACACGAAAUUCACCACAAUGCGCCGCAGCACCAUUCCACCUCUGCCUUGCCUCCCGUUUCAAUGGACGAGUUUCGGAGAUCAGGAGGUACUCUUACUGGCCGCGAUGAACGCUACGACGGAUUCGAAGGGGAGCCGCGUAAUAUCGGCGGGUCCAGCAGCAAUAUCAGUCAAGGUCUCGGAACCGGCGCCCUCCGCGGUGACCACAGCAUUACUGGGGAUCAUGGCCGCGGCACUGGCACCGGAGCAAGCGCCGACAUUGGCUCUGGCUUGACUGGCACCGGUGCGAACGUUCCAGGUUCCACCUCUUCAACAACCAGUCGCCACGGUACUACUGGCGAAGCAGCAGCCCUGGGUACCAGCACAGUUGCUGGAGCCACAUCUGCUGCCCACCAUCAACAUGACAAGAACCGGGACUCUUCCGGUGUAAGCGGCACGCAUUUUGAUCGUGACAGCGCCACGAACACCCGCGGUACCACAACGAGCCACGGCACUGGCCUCAAAGGAGAGGCUGGCAUGUCGCCCAGCUCGGGCAUGACUGGUGCCACUGGUGCUGGUGCCACCGCUGCUAGUGCGGGCAGUCACCGCUCCGGGAAACAUGACAGCGGCGUUCUUGGCAGCGGUGAGAAUACGAUGGGCACAAGCGCGAGGAAGGCUAGUAGUGGCAGUGCUGCGAACAAGCCGAGCUUGAUGGACAGAUUGAAUCCGAUGAAGGACGCGGAUCAAGACGGAAAGAAGGGAUUCAUGGAUUAG